GAGAAUCAGUGCACACGCUCGAGAGUUCUUGAGCAUGUCCUGAUAUCCUUUUACGGAGCCAAAAAGUCCACCAACGCCAAAAGGAAAGAGUGCCAAAGAUGAGAAGCACUCGUUCCAUUUUCCCCAUCAUAAGUAGCUGAUCCCAGCCCAAAAAAAAAAGCUAAAGACUACCAAUUUUUCUCACCACUUUUUCCUCCUCUCUCUCUCUCUCUCUCUCUCUCUCUCUCUGUGGAAGGGCUGAGUUGGGGGCAUAUGCAUGAUGCCCGGAGUGGUCGAUCCAGGGAAGAGGACAGUGCUUUUCGUGCUGCUCAUCAUGAUGAGCAGCAGUGUUCGGGCAGAGGACAGGCUCAUCAACACCUCGAAGCUGGAGAUGUUCGUGGACAAGCUCCCCGACAUGCCCAGGGUCCAAGGUUUCGACAUCGUGGACGGUGUUCCUAAGCCCAAAUCUCUGGAUAUCGGCAUGUACGAGACCCGCUGGAAAUUCCACCGGGACGUCCCUCCGACCCCGGUGUUCGCCUUCGGCACCUCCCGGGCCGCCGCCACGGUCCCGGGCCCCACCAUCGAGGCCCGCCACGGCGUCGGCACCUGCGUAACGUGGCAGAACUACCUCCCUUCGAAGCACAUCCUCCCGUGGGACCCGACCCUCCCGACCGCCGUACCGCGCACCCGGAUGGGCGUCCCCACCGUGGUUCACCUCCACGGCGGGAUCGACGAGCCGGAGAGCGACGGCCACUCGCACUCGUGGUUCACCGCCGGCUUCAGGGAGCGGGGGCCCAAGUGGACCAAGGCCAAGUACCACUACCACAACAGCCAGCACCCCGGGAACCUGUGGUACCACGACCACGCCAUGGGGUUGACCCGGGUCAACCUCCUGGCCGGCCUGAUCGGGGCCUACAUCAUCCGCCACCCCGGCGUGGAGUCGCCGCUCGGGCUCCCCGCCGGCGACGAGUUCGACCGCCCGCUGGUCGUGUUCGACCGGAGCUUCCGCGUGGACGGCUCCAUCUACAUGAACUCCACCGGGAACAACCCCUCCAUACACCCGCAGUGGCAGCCGGAGUACUUCGGCGACGCGAUCGUCGUGAACGGCAAGGCGUGGCCGUACAUGGUGGUGCGCCGCCGCAAGUACCGGUUCCGCAUCAUCAACGCCAGCAACGCCCGGUUCUUCAACUUCUUCUUCACCAACGGGCUGGAAUUCGUUGUCGUGGCGGCCGACUCGGCCUACCUCGCGGAGCCCGUCGCGGCCAACGCGACCCUCGUGGGGCCGUCCGAGAUCCUCGACGUGGUGGUCGACUUCGCCAAGUCGAAGUCCGACCACGCCGUCCUGGCCAACGACGCGGUGUACCCGUACCCGUCGGGCGACCCGGUCAACGAGGCCAACGGCAAGGUCAUGAAGUUCCUCAUCAAGAAGGACCCGGAGGCCGACCCGUCGAGGGUGCCGGAGCGGCUGGUCGAGUACCCGGCGGCGGACGCGUCGGAGGCGGCGAGGACGCGGUACAUCGCGAUGUACGAGUACACGACCGACGCAGACGAGCCGACGCACCUCUACCUGAACGCCAAGCCGUACGACGACCCGGCGACGGAGACGCCGCGGGAGGGGUCGACGGAGGUGUGGCGGGUGAUCAACCUGACGGACGACAACCACCCGCUGCACAUCCACCUGGGGCUGUUCCGGGUGGUGGAUCAGACGGAGCUGCUCGACCUGGAGAAGUUCAAGGACUGCAUGACGAAAUCGAACGACGCGGAGAGGUGCCAGGUGGCCGAGCACGCGCGCGGCCAGAAGCUGGCGGUGCCCCCCCACGAGAAGGGGUGGAAGAACGUGUACAAGAUGACUCCCGGAUACGUGACGACGAUCGUGGUUAGGUUCUCGUACAUCCACUCGAAUUCGUCGUACCCGUUCGACGCCACGGCGGAGCCCGGCUACGUCUACCAUUGCCACAUCUUGGAUCAUGAGGACAACGUAAUGAUGAGGCCUCUGAAAAUCAUCAAAUGAAGAGAAGGCCCACUACAUAUCGCUCCAAAGAGAGGCCCAAGACAAGGAUCAAUUUUGGCCGCAUGCAUCGAUGGAGGACAUGUGCAUGGAUCAUCUCCAAGUAAAUAGAAAAAGUAGCGAAAAAAAAAUGUCUAUUAAAGUAUCUCAAAUUACCUAUUUACAAGAUGCGUAUGAUGUCUAUAUACAUGUAGUCUUCCUCCACUAUUAGCUUAAGGCUUUGGGUUGAACACUGUAAUAUGGUGUUGGAGCUAGGUUUUGUCUUGAUUUAUUUGUUCGUGUGGUCUCAUGUUUGUCAAAUUCCACACUAUGUUAUGUUAUUUUGCACAUGAGAUGAGAUGUUAAAAGUAUACUACAUGGCCUGA